AUGGAGAUAACUGCGGCCCUUUUGGCCAGCAUGACCGACGUAGAGCAAAGUGUCAAAAAGCUGGUCACAGAUGCCAAUCUGAGGCUGGUCGGCCUUCUGGCACCUCACCAGGAUGUAAGGGAAUCCACUGCGGGGAGUGUCGCUAGCGCAGAAGCCUUCAAAAAACAACAAGAUGUGUCACAACCCCCGAUGAGGAGGGUAACAAGCAUGACCAUUCAUGACCCAUCCGGCACCCUGCGACCUACUGCUACCUCGGUCCCUUUAGGGAGGGGCAAGAAGAAGGCUUCCGAGCCUAUUCUUGAAUCAUCGGACGAUAACGACAUGCCUACUGACCGAGCCGUUGACUUGUAUGCCAAAUCAGCGAGCAAGAAAAAGUCCAGCAAGCGCCAGCCUGGGGAAGGCUGUAGCAACCCUUCCACGAAGAGGACUCGAAUAGAGGACCCUCAUGCGCCAACUCCCACAAAGGAGACAACUCCUCCACCAGCUUCUACUAAAGAGACAACUCUGCCAACUCCUGUGAAUCAAGAUCCCCUAGCUCCAGUCAAACAGACUCCCCCUGUGGCUCCUGCUGACCUCACUCCUCCAGCUUUCACCGAUCAGACGCCUGCUGGUCGCCGAGAAGAAGCCUCGAGAGAAGAUCUCACAAGCGUGGUGCUCAAUUCAGCCAAAGAUAGGCUGACUAAAAUAACAAAGCACUGCCGCAAUCGAGAGGCGAUCCAAGAAACUGGCUCUAUGGCAGUCGACCAAGUCUUCAACCGUGCACUGAACGAAGUGCUGGCUCGGAGCUUGAGGACACUGACUGCCCAGUUUGAGAAAAGACUCAGCAACCAGCUUGGCAUAGCCGAGACCCAACAUGCUGAGCAUCUUAAGGCUAUCAAAGCUAAACACACCGAGCAGCUCAAGGAGGUUGAAGCGAAGCAUUCUGAGGCGCUCAAGGUGAUCGAGGCAACACACACAGAGGCGCAACAAACGGCUGGCGCUAAACUUGCCUCCCUCGAAGAGGAAAUGAAGAAGAAAGAAGCAAGUAUUGCCAAGAUCACUGCUUCCAAGGAUCAGUACAAAAAGCCUCACUUAUGA